UCCAUCCCGUCGGCGCGCGCCGCGUUCACGCGGCGUGUUCCACGCGCGUGCGCGCCCCCACCUCCUUCUCUCCCGUGUGUCUGUCUGUAUGUGUGUGUGUGUGUGCGUGUAUGUGUGUGUGUGUGUGUGUGUAUACACACUGUGUGAAGGGGUUGGUCCGGCCCCCUUUCUAGCUGCACCCAAGCCGCCCUACCCCAUCAAACCACCGCCGGGGAACUAUGCCGCGGGGCCGUCCUCCGAAACCGAAGGAGACCAAAACGAGCGGCGAGACCGAUGGAGUUUUAACAUUGAAUGCGGAGAACACUAAUUAUGCCUAUCAAGUUCCAAACUUCCAUAAAUGUGAUAUCUGUCUGCUAUCUUUUCCAAAAGAGACACAGUUUCAACGCCACAUGAGGGAUCACGAGCAAAAUGAUAAGCCACAUCGAUGUGACCAGUGUCCCCUUUCAUUUAAUGUUGAGUUCAACCUGACACUUCAUAAAUGUACCCACAACGGGGAAGAUCCUACCUGUCCUGUCUGUAACAAGAAAUUCUCCAGAGUGGCUAGUCUCAAAGCGCAUAUUAUGCUACAUGAGAAGGAAGAGAAUCUUAUCUGUUCUGAAUGUGGGGAUGAAUUUACUCUUCAGAGCCAAUUGUCAAUACACAUGGAAGAACACCGGCAAGAAUUAGUUGGGAACCGAAUUUAUGCUUGUAAAUCUUGCAAGAAAGAGUUUGAGAGUUCUUCACAACUCAAGGAACACAUGAAAACUCAUUACAAAAUAAGGGUGUCAAGUACAAGGUCAUAUAAUCGGAACAUUGACAGAAGUGGAUUCACCUAUUCAUGUCCACAUUGUGGAAAAACCUUCCAAAAACCAAGCCAGUUAACUCGACAUAUUAGGAUACACACAGGUGAAAGGCCUUUUAAAUGUAGUGAAUGUGGAAAAGCUUUUAACCAGAAGGGGGCAUUGCAGACCCAUAUGAUUAAACAUACUGGUGAAAAACCCCAUGCCUGUGCCUUUUGUCCUGCGGCCUUUUCUCAGAAAGGAAAUCUUCAGUCCCAUAUACAGCGAGUUCAUUCAGAGGUUAAGAAUGGUCCUACAUAUAAUUGCACAGAAUGUAGCUGUAUAUUCAAAAGUUUAGGUAGCUUAAAUACUCACAUCAGCAAGAUGCAUAUGGGUGGACCACAGAAUUCUGCAAGUUCUACUACAGAGACCACUCACGUUACAACGGAUUCAAUAUCCCAGUCCCAAAGUACUGCUUCUAAUACACUGUUACAACCAGUUGAUAAUAAAUGGAAAAAUGCCACAUUUUUUCAGCCUUCACCUCUCCAACAGACAGAAACUCCAGCAACAUCAUCUGCAAGUCAGCAGGGUCCACAGGCAGUGACUGAUGUCAUCCAGCAGCUUUUGGAGUUGUCGGAACCUGGGCAAGUUGAAACAAAUCCAUCUCCACAACCAGGCCAGCAAUUAAAUAUUACAGUGGGAAUUAAUCAGGACAUUUUACAGCAAGCCUUAGAAAACAGUGGGCUGUCUUCAAUUCCAGUUGCAGCACAUCCUAAUGACUCCAACCAAACUAAGACUUCUGCAUCCCAGAUUCAAAAUCCAGAUAUUCACAAUGUUUCCAGUGAGCCACCAGACCCUACAGAAGCAGAACAAGAUAAAGAACAGGAAAUUUCAGAUAAAUUGGAUAAGAAAGAAAAGAAGGUUAUAAAGAAGAAAUCACCAUUUCUGCCUGGUUCAAUUCGUGAAGAGAAUGGAAUAAGAUGGCAUGUGUGUCCAUAUUGCACAAAAGAAUUUAAAAAACCCAGUGAUCUAGUGCGUCAUAUUCGAAUUCAUACUCAUGAAAAACCAUUUAAAUGUCCACAAUGUUUCCGGGCCUUUGCUGUGAAGAGUACUCUUACUGCUCACAUAAAAACUCACACUGGCAUCAAAGCAUUUAAGUGCCAAUACUGUAUGAAAUGUUUUUCCACUUCAGGAAGCUUGAAAGUUCAUAUCAGACUUCAUACAGGAGUUAGACCUUUUGCCUGUCCUCAUUGUGACAAAAAAUUUCGAACAUCAGGUCAUAGAAAGACCCAUAUUGCAUCGCACUUUAAGCACACUGAACUAAGGAAGUUGAGACAUCAGCGCAAACCUGCCAAAGUUCGAGUAGGCAAGUCGAAUGUUCCAGUGCCAGAUAUUCCUUUGCAAGAGCCAAUUCUCAUUACGGACUUAGGUCUCAUUCAGCCAAUCCCAAGAAACAGCCAGUUUUUCCAAAGUUACUUUAAUAAUAAUUUUGUUAAUGAAGCAGAUAGACCAUACAAAUGUUUUUACUGUCACCGAGCUUAUAAAAAAUCUUGCCACCUUAAACAGCACAUCAGAUCACAUACUGGUGAGAAACCAUUUAAAUGUUCUCAAUGUGGAAGAGGUUUUGUGUCUGCAGGAGUGCUGAAAGCACAUAUCCGAACGCAUACUGGGCUGAAAGCUUUCAAGUGUCUUAUAUGUAAUGGAGCUUUUACUACUGGUGGUAGCCUAAGGAGACAUAUGGGCAUUCAUAAUGAUCUUCGACCUUAUAUGUGUCCUUAUUGUCAAAAAACAUUUAAGACCUCACUAAAUUGUAAAAAACACAUGAAGACACAUAGAUAUGAACUUGCUCAACAGUUACAACAGCACCAACAAGCUGCUUCUAUAGAUGAUAACACGGUAGAUCAGCAGACCAUUCAUGUUUCUACUCAGAUGCAAGUGGAAGUUGAAAGUGAUGAACUUCAGCAAAGUGAAACUGUCACUACUGAUCAUGAAGCCAUUUUGGAACUGGAUCAGCAGCAUGUAGUAGGUCCAGAAGAAGCAGGUCUUGGACAACAGUUGGCAGACCAACCUUUGGAGCCCGAUGAAGAUAGGUUUGUGACUUCUGAUCAUACUCUCCAAGAUAACAUCAAUCAGUUUGAACAGCAAACUAUCCCACAGCAAUCUUUUGAAUCAACAGGAUUAUCUCAAGGUUUUGCUGUGACUGAUACAUAUAAUCAGAAUCAGUUUCCACCUGUUCAGCAACUACAAGAUUCCAGCACACUAGAAUCUCAGGCUCUUUCAACCAGUUUCCAUCAACAGAACCUGCUUCAAGUUCCUAAUACAGACACUAUUAAUGUAACAACUCGUUUGAUUCAAGAACAUUCACAAGAGGAUCUGGAACUACAAACUCAGCGACCCCAGUUUCUUGAGGACAGUGAGGAUCAAAGUAGACGUGCCUACAGAUGUGAAUAUUGCAACAAAGGUUUUAAGAAAUCCAGCCACUUAAAACAGCAUGUGCGAUCACAUACUGGUGAGAAGCCCUAUAAAUGCAAGCUUUGUGGACGUGGAUUUGUUUCCUCAGGUGUUCUCAAGUCCCAUGAGAAGACACACACAGGCGUAAAAGCAUUCAGCUGUAAUAUUUGUAAUGCAUCCUUCACUACCAAUGGUAGUCUCACCAGACAUAUGGCAACUCACAUGAGCAUGAAGCCUUAUAAGUGUCCGUUCUGUGAGGAGAGUUUCCGAACAACAGUUCACUGCAAAAAACAUAUGAAGAAGCACCAGACUGUCUCUUCUCCAGUAGCAACAGCUGGAGAGGGAGGAGGAGGAGGAGGAGGAGUUGUGUGCAUGGAAGAAGACGAUGAAAAUUCUGAAAGAACUGUUCCUAGAAAAUCUCGUCCAGGGGUUAUCACUUUCACAGAAGAAGAAACAGCAGAACUGGCAAAAAUCAGACCACGAGAAAGUGCUACAGUUUCUGAAAAAGUGCUUGUCCAGUCUGCAGCAGAGAAAGACCGGAUUAGUGAAAUAAAGGAUAAGCAGGCUGAACUUGAAGCAGAGCCAAAAUAUGCCAACUGCUGCACCUAUUGUCCCAAAAGCUUUAAAAAACCCAGUGACUUAGUGAGGCAUGUUCGAAUACAUACUGGAGAAAAGCCAUAUAAAUGUGAUGAAUGUGGAAAAAGUUUUACAGUUAAGUCUACUCUGGAUUGCCAUGUAAAGACACACACAGGUCAGAAGCUUUUCAGUUGUCAUGUAUGCAGCAAUUCUUUUUCUACUAAAGGGAGUUUGAAAGUUCAUAUGCGUCUACAUACAGGAGCUAAGCCAUUCAAGUGUCCACAUUGUGAUUUACGUUUCCGUACUUCUGGACGAAGGAAAACACACAUACAAUGUCAUUAUAAACCAGACAACAAGAAAGUUAGAAAGCCCAUGGCUCGUAGUCCAAAUGAGAACCUACAGCCUGUUAAUCUCCUCAACUCUUCUUCAUCAGAUCCCAAUGUGUUUAUUAUGAAUAACUCAGUUCAAUUUGAACAAAAUUUGCUUCAGCAAGGACUUGUUGGUCAGGCCAUUCUCCCUGCUUCUAUGUCAGCUGGUGGUGAUUUAACUGUGUCCUUGACAGAUGGUAGCUUGGCCACCCUGGAAGGCAUACAGUUACAAUUAGCUGGUAAUCUUGUUGGACCCAAUGUACAAAUUUCUGGAAUUGAUGCCUCUAGUAUUAAUAACAUUACACUACAGAUUGAUCCUAGUAUUUUGCAACAAACAUUACAGCAAAGUAAUAUACUUGCUCAACAACUAAGUGGAGAAACUAAUUUGGCUGUACAAAAUAACUCCCUUCAAACUUCUGACAGCACAGUUCCAGCCAAUGUUGUCAUCCAGCCAAUUUCAAGUUUAUCUUUACAACCCACAGUGACGUCUUCUGCUAAUAUGACAAUAGGACCAUUAACUGAACAAGAUUCCAUGUUGACCUCUAGCAGCAAUGGUACACAAGAUCUUUCUCAAGUGAUGACCUCUCAGGGUCUGGUAUCUACUUCUAAUGGUCAGCAUGAGAUCACCUUGACUAUUAAUAAUUCAAGUCUCAGUCAGGUUUUAGCCCAUGCUACUGGUUCCACUGCUCCAACUUCAUCAGGAUCUUCGCAAGAAAUUACCCUUACUAUAUCUGGUCAAGAUCUUAUUCAACAUAAUACUAAUGGAACUAGUGAAUUAAAUGGAAGCAUACGAUUGUCAGCUCCUGCCAUCAAUAAUCAGUCUCCUGGUGCGACAUUAACAAUAAGUAAUGAUCAGCUUCUCACUCAGAGCACAACAUUAAACUCUUCAGACCUUAAUACUGCAGCUGGAAAUCUUCCUUCAGUAUCUAUGUCUCCAUCUACUAUAGCCACUCAAAAUCUUGUAAUGUCUUCAUCAGGAGUUGGAGGCGAUGCUAGUGUCACAUUAACUCUGGCUGACACUCAGGGUAUGCUUUCUGGUGGCCUUGAUGCAGUUACACUUAACAUCACCUCCCAGGCUCAACAGUUCCCAGCUCUACUCACGGAUUCCUCUCUUGCUGGCCAAGGUGGGUCAGGGUCGCAGCAAGUAAUACUAGUGAGCCACACACCACAUUCAACUUCAGGCAAUUCUGAUGAACUUACCUAUCAGGUGACUGAUGUUUCACCAGACCUGAAUAAAAGCACUCAGUCUGAAAAAGAAGGUCGAGUACACCAGUGUUUUGAAUGUAAUCGCACUUUCUCAUCUGUAACCAUGUUAAUGCAUCAUAGCAAAGAAGUUCAUGGCAAAGAGAGGAUCCAUGUUUGCCCCAUCUGUAGUAAAGCCUUCAAACGGGCAACACAUCUAAAGGAGCAUAUGCAGACACAUCAAGCAGGUCCUUCUUUAAGUUCUCAGAAGCCAAGAGUAUUUAAAUGUGACACUUGUGAAAAGGCAUUUGCUAAACCAAGUCAACUAGAAAGACAUAGCCGAAUUCACACAGGAGAACGUCCAUUUCAUUGUACGCUGUGUGAAAAGGCAUUUAAUCAGAAGAGUGCACUUCAGGUACAUAUGAAAAAGCACACAGGAGAAAGACCUUACAAAUGUGAUUACUGUGCAAUGGGCUUUACACAGAAAAGCAAUAUGAAACUCCAUAUGAAACGAGCACAUAGCUAUACUGGUACUUUGCAGGAAUCAUCUAGUCAUCAAGAACAAGAAGGGGAAGAUCUCCAUCGUGUACUCCAUUUGGAAGAGGUUGGUCAAGAAACAUCAAAUGAAUGGCAGAGCCUAACCAACGUUUUUCGAUGAUAAUUUAAAUAAUGCUUUCAAGAACAAAAUUUCUGAAGUUAAAUUUUGAAAAAAGAAAAAGCAUUUGGAUUUUUUGUUUGGAGUUUCAAGUGUUGAAAAUGUUAACAAAAUAUGUGGUUUUUUAGUUAUCAAACAUAAUUUAAAAGAAUCAUUGUCUUUCAUAAGCUUAUAGAAGAAAAUAGAAAAAGGUAAACUGUUUUGUGCUCAUUGAUCAACAAAUCAACGAACUCAGGUAAUGCAACAGGCAGUUUCAUCUUCUAAUCCACAGCCAAUAUAUCUUGUUUAAAAAAAAAAAAAACUUUCACUGGAUCUUAUCAUUAGAGUGUGAUUUCAUUGUACUAGCAGAUUGACAAUAAGUGGAAAGUAUGAGGAAUUGAUACUUAACACUUUCUGUUAUAAGAAACCUUGCUUAAUAAUAAAAAUAAGAUAAGAGCAUGAAGUACAGGAAAAAAAUGUGCAAUGCACAGUGAAGUUUUUUCCCCCCACUUAACUUUCUUUCUGUAUAUUUUGGCUAGUGGUAAUAAAUGACUUUUCUGUUAUGGUAAAUUAAUUAAACUGAUAUCCUGAGAGAUGGCUGGACCAAUUCUCUCUCAAAUAAAAGUAACUAAUCAUUAGUUAGCAUACAGUAUCUGGGGCAUGAAAAUAGAAAGUAGGGUGCAAAGGGUAAAGUACAAGUCGAAACCAAGUUGUCCAAACAAAAUUAUUAGUAUUGGUACAUAUACUGCAUAAAUAUAUAUUCAGCUCCUUGAGUUGGAUUAUUGCAGAAAGCACAAGCCAUAUUUUGAAGGCAGGAGAUACCUACUCUAUUUAACUAGACUCUUAGCACUGAAGCUCCUGUAGCUCAGGAUACCCCAAAAGAUAAUAUGUUUCUGCUGUGAGUUAUAAGAAUCCAGAAAUGCACCAGUAUUUUUCUUUUGUGUGUAAACAAAUGUAUUUUUUUAUUUCAUUGAAACUGCCUAAGCAAACUGCUUAAUUUUUUUCUGAAAGGUGCCACAUAAAUAUGUCCAUAACCAAAUUCAAACCUUAUACUGGAGUCUAGUGCAAGUCAUCCUUUCAACAUUCCAAAGAUGGAAAAUUCUUUGCUUCAUUUUAGUUUGUUCUUUUGAGAUUAUUUAUAUGUUCUAUAUAUAAAUAUGUAUGUAUAUAUACAGAUAUAUGGGCCUCUAUGUGGCUGAACAGUAUAUUUUGUAAAUAUAGUACUAGUCCCAAUUAUAAAGAGUUCAUCAAAGUUUUCAACUUUUUACAUGAGCACUUCUAGAUCAGUAUUGUAUUCAUUUUAUUAAUAAAUGAAUAUUCAUUUUAUUAUAAUGUAAUAUAAAGCUGGGUUUUAUUUUAUUUCCCCCAAAAUAAUUGCUUUUAUGUGCCCACAUUACUACCUUAGUUUCAGAAAUACAUUUGUUUGAUUGUAAAUAUUAUGUGGGCUGUGUGUAUACUAAGAGACAAGAUCAUUUCAAGUCAUUGAAGGAAGAGACAUUUCACUGUUAUUUUGAUAGGGCAUCUUUUGAUUUUUUUGUUAACUUUUGACAUGUAUAUAAGUAAUAUAGUUGGUGAUAUGAAAAUACCUUUUGUUAUGUGGAAAUAUUUAAGUCAGAAAAUGUUAAAUAAUAUUACUUUUUUCCAAACUGCUUUGUGUAUUGUAUAUUUUUUGGGGAAAAGUUUGGUUUUUUAAAAAACCUGAAAUAAUCUUGUGGUAGUGGAUUUAUAUAAAUCCGGAGGAUUCCAAUGAAUGUCAGUGUUAAACCUGACUCCAGUUUGUUUUGGAUAAUUGUAAUUGCCCUUGAGUAGUACAAGUUCUAUUUUUAUGCACUUUCCUUUGAAACAAUGUAUGGUACUACUUUAAGGAAUAUUAAUGAACAUUGAUGGCUUUAUGAGCAUUUCCAAUAUUGAAGUUGUUUAUUUUUACAUUGAACUUAUGAAAGAUGAGUUUUUAACAGGAUUUUGCUUGAUUCCUUUCUAUUUAUUAUGUCUAUUAAGUCAGUUAUAUUGGUUAGUUUUAUCCUGGGCAAAUGCAGAAGGCCUUAAUUGACGUACUUAAAACAUAAUGAUACUUUGGAAAAGAGGGUUUUGAAAGAGAAGAAAUUCAUCUACCAUCUAUUCUGUGACUUUUUCCUGUUUAAAUGAGCAAGAAAACUUAAUUUAUACAUGUUCACAUAUGAAUGUAAUUUUUCAGGGUUUUUUUUUGUCCUAAUCUUAAAAGCUGCUCCUAUACAAUAAAACUCCCUGGAAUAUGAGGACUAUAAAACAAUUUAGAUUUUAAUCUAAUCUUUAAAAAUUUUUAUAAUAUAAUAUUUUUUUAAAAAAUCUUCUUUAGAAGAACUUUUUUCCCUUGGACAUAAGCAGGAUUUUCAGAGAUUGAGUGUAUUAAGAAACUUUUCUUAUAUCAUUAAUGUAUGUGAUUUAAUUAGAUGUAGAUCACAAAUAAAGUUACUCAGAAAUA